AUGUCUUCUUCAACAGACUCUCUUAAUACAACUUCUUCAUCUCCUGAUACGCCCUCCUCUGAAACACCAUCAGCUCAGCCCUUACAGAGGUCCGAAUCGAUGACAUCCAAAGAGCCUAUUUUGCACACCUGUUUCUUUGAUGAUAGACCUCCACAAUCUAUAACAGUUGGUUUUGAUUCUAGGAACGACAGACUGUUUGAGGAUAAAGAUGAUUAUGCCAUUUCUGGUGGGAAAGGUCUUGCUGACCAAGCAGGUUAUUCGAGGCAGCGAAAUCCGUUUCCCCAGGGUUUCCAGCAACGACAUGAUAAUAAUUUCCCACUCCCAUCUUUGCUAAAUAAAAGGAGGCUUGAGACGGACCAGGAAUGUGAGACAACGAGUGAACUUUUGAACUCUCUCAAAGAUAAAGGUCUUACGAGUAUGCGAUCACAUACAGAAUUGGCAAAAACAGCUCAUGGCGUGCGAAUUUUGGCAAGAAGGUUGGACAAGGCCACUAUACAUCUACAACUCAAUUCGGUGAUGAUUAUUACCAAGGCAAGAGAUAAUUCUUUGAUUUUUCUCACCAGGGAGCUUGCAUCCUGGCUGUUAAAGGAAUCCAAGCACACAACCGUUUACGUGGAUUUCCACCUAAAGAGGUCCAAACGGUUUUGUGCUGACACUGUCGCUGCAUCUGCGGUCAACGGUGAGCAAAGAUUAAAGUUUUGGGAUAAGGCCGUGGUCACCCAUAAUCCUAAUUUGUUUGAUUUUGUCAUUACUCUUGGAGGUGACGGAACUGUAUUGUAUGCUUCGACUAUGUUUCAGCGUGCAGUUCCACCAAUCAUGUCAUUUUCGCUUGGAUCACUGGGCUUCUUGACGAACUUUAAAUUUGAGGACUUUCGUCAGACUCUAACGCGUGCAAUCAAGCAUGGUGUCAAAACGAAUCUCCGGAUGAGGUUUACGUGUAGAGUUCAUGAUAGUCAUGGCAAGCUCUUAUGUGAACAGCAGGUUCUAAAUGAGCUGACCGUGGAUAGAGGUCCGUCUCCAUGGGUCACAAUGCUCGAAUUAUACGGUGAUGGAUCUCUCAUAACGGUCGCACAGGCUGAUGGGUUAAUUAUCGCCACUCCAACAGGAUCAACUGCAUAUUCACUUAGUGCCGGUGGCUCUUUGGUGCAUCCAAAUGUCAGCACAAUUUGUGUUACGCCUAUUUGUCCGCACACUCUUUCGUUUAGACCAAUUUUGCUACCAGACUCAAUGACAUUAAGAGUCCAAGUGCCUCUCAGAGCGAGGGCGCAUGCAUGGGCUUCAUUCGACGGCCGUGAAAGGAUAGAGUUAUCUAAAGGUUAUUAUGUGUCUGUGUCGGCAUCUCAGUAUCCAUUUCCAACUGUGCGAUCAUCGAAGACAGAGUAUUUCGAUAGCGUGAGCAGCGUAUUAAAUUGGAAUAAGCGUGAAGAGCAGAAAUCGUUUGUGAAUCUUUUAACUGACAAUAACAAGGAGUCUUACGGUAACUACAAAUCUGAUUCUGAUGAUUCGAAAUUCGAAAUUGAUUAUAACGAUGAAUCGGAGCUGGAAAGUGAUAUGUCAGAAAAAGUUAAGAGAGACCUUUGUAUUGACCCACCAGCACAGUCAGAUCUCCCUAAGCUGCAAAAUUCCAUAAAGGCAAAUUUCUUCACCGGAACAAACGAAAGUACCAGCACAUCGUCGCCGGACGACCAUCUAUGA